AUGAAAGAUGAUUAUAAUGACUGUGUGCAAUUUUCUACAGAGGGGAAUUCCUCAUAUGUACCUGAUAUUCAUCGUGGUGGAACUUUUAACUGGGAUACAACAGUGCAAGGGUUUAUACUUGGAGGUUUCUUCUGGGGAUAUCUUGUAUCACAAAUUCCAGCAGGAUGGCUUGCUACGAGAUUUGGUGGGAAAAGAGUGUUUGGAUGGAGCAUUUUUAUUGCAACCAUCUGUACUAUGCUGACACCUUUUGGAGCAAAAACCGAUUAUAGACUACUGAUAGCACUACGUGUUAUUGUGGGGAUGUGUAAUGGUACAGUGUUUCCUGCAAUGCAUGCUCUGUUUGGACAUUGGUCACCACCAUUAGAGAGGAGCAAGCUUACAGCCCUUACAUAUUCAGGAACUCAAGCUGGUAUAGUGAUAACUUUUCCACUGGGAGCUUACCUUUGCCAAUACGGAUUUGGAGGUGGCUGGCCAUCUAUUUUUUAUGUUUGUGGUAUGGCAAGUUUUUUAUGGUUUGUUUUGUGGAUGUUCUUUGUUAGUGAUUCACCUGCAGAACAUAAACGGAUCUCACGUAAAGAAAAAGAGUACAUAAUAACCUCAUUAAUUGAUAGUGCUCACAAGAAAAAUAGGAGGGAUCUGAAGGUACCUUGGAUGGCCAUAAUUAAGUCCAUGCCGAAUAACGCUAUCAUCGUAUCCAACAUUACUUCAGACUGGGGAGGAUAUACACUCUUAUCUUAUAUACCAACGUAUAUGAAUGAUGUUUUUAAGCUCAAUCUUACUUCGAAUGGUAUAUUAUCAGCGUUACCUUAUAUUGCCUUUUGGGCAAUGAUUAAUGUAGCAGGAUGGGUUGCUGACUUCUUCAGAGUGAGACAACUGAUGUCAACAACGCUGACCAGAAAAGUUUUUGAUGCUUUUGGAAAGAUAGUACCUGCUGUGUUGAUGAUUGCUCUAGGAUAUGUAGAAUGCUAUGCCACAGCAUUGGCUGUUGUGUUGCUAGUCCUCAGUGUCGGUCUGUCUGGGUUUCAGUACAGCGGGUUUAUUGUCAACCAUGUUGAUAUAGCACCGGCGUAUGCAGGAAUAUUGUUUGGGAUAUCAAAUGCGUUAUCUGCCAUUGGAGGCUUUGUUUCUCCUAUUAUAGUCGGCGAGAUAACGAGAGAGGCACAAACAAGGGCUGAAUGGCAGAUUGUAUUCUACAUGUCUGCUGGUAUUUACAUUUUUGGCGCAAUAUUCUAUGUGAUUUUUGCUAGUGGUGAGUUACAGCCAUGGGCUCUAGAGACAAUCCCCAUAGAAAUUGAUAAUGAAGAAAAUUCCGAUGCUGUUCGAUUGGAGUCUAUGACUCUAAAAGACAUUUCAUAA